CGCCGGAAGCUGCCCAGAGGCCGAACAUGGCGACCGCCUGGGUCCUGCGCUGGGCCCUGAGCCGAACUGGAGCCUGGCUGCUCCCGCCGCCCGCGCGCUUCCYGUGCCGGACUCUACACAAGCAGGUAGACGGCACCGAGUUCCAGAGCAUCUACAGCUUGGACAAGCUCUACCCUGACUCCAAGGGUUCGGACACCGCUUGGAGGGUCCCGGAUGAUGCAAAGCAAGCCAGCAAUGACAUCCCACUAGAUCGCUUGACGAUAUCUUACUGUCGGAGUAGUGGUCCCGGCGGACAGAAUGUAAACAAAGUGAAUUCCAAGGCUGAAGUCAGGUUCCAUUUGGCCACAGCUGACUGGAUUGCAGAGCCUGUGAGGCAGAAGAUUGCGCUCAAGCAUAAAAAUAAGAUCAACAGGGAAGGAGAGUUGAUACUCACCUCCGAAAGCAGCCGCUAUCAGUUCCGGAAUCUGGCAGAUUGCCUACAGAAAAUUCGAGAUAUGAUUGCAGAGGCCAGCCAGAUGCCCAAGGAGCCAUCCAAAGAAGAUGCUCAACUUCAGAGAAUCAGGAUAGAAAACAUGAAUCGGGAAAGGCUGAGACAAAAGAGAAUAAAUUCUGCCGUAAAGACAAGCAGGAGGGUAGACAUGGACUGAAAUCCCCCCAGCAUCCACUCUUCAGGGCAUUGGAGCAGCUGCAGCUGAGAGACCUGUAACGCCAUGAGGAUAUUCGUUUUCUUUAUCUUUUUUGCUGUUAACAUUGGAACCAUUAAGAGAGUAUUCAUUGGGAAUGAGGGCUUCAGGCACUGGUUGCAGGUCUUCAUAUACCAUCACCAUGUUGUUAAACCAUAGUUACCCAUUGACUAUAUUAUUAACUGCAAUAAAAUUUGUUUUUUUGAUAC